AUGAGAGAGCGCACUAAGGCGGAUAACGAUAACCAUUGGAAACACAAAGUGCGCCCAAGUGGUGACUACUACUUUAGAGUAAAACCCAAUAGCGAGGGAAGUACAGCAAAGGGGAGUAAUAAUGAUGGUGUAUGCUGCAAUGCUUGUUACAAACCACAAGGCAAGGGAUAUGACGUACCAAUGAGGUGGGUGGACAUAGAGGGACGUUCCUGGAUGCACGGCAACAAGGUGCAAAAUGUGCCCAUAUGUGCCUGGGUAAGCCCUAGGGAGUACUCUUACAACACCAAGACAAGCCACAGCACUGAGGACAAGCUGUGCAUUGUCAGGAAUGUGCAGGCCUUUAAGCUUGGAGAUAAGUGUGAUGUUUUUGUCACGACUGUUAGCAUGAUCGAGUUCAAUGCAUUGCACAAGUCUUACAACAAGGAAACAUAA